AUGCUCUCCAAGGCUCACUUGACCUAUGAGAUGGCGGAGUCAGAUCGGUCUCUCUACGUUAUCAAACGAGGUAAGUCUUUAUUUUCUUAUAAUCUUUUAGACGCAAGACGUGAGUCAGUUCAGUGCCACAAAAUAACCAAACGCAUACUUAAUCUGUGCGAUGGCCUUGACAGGCAAUUUAUUGACCCGGAGUCAAUCACCGCCAGAGUUGUUACUGGCCUCUACGCUGGGGUUACAACUGUCGAGUUGGAUAAUCUAGCGGCCGAAGUAUGCGCCAGCAUGACAACCCGCCAUCAUGACUACGCUACACUCGCUGCACGUUUAGCCAUCUCCAAUUUACAUAAAGAGACUAAGUCUUCUUUUUCACAGGUUGUGCAAGAUCUAUAUGAUUAUGUAAACCCUAAAACG